AUGCGGUGCCUAUGGCUUCUCAAACGCCUUCUCAUUGUCUUCACUCUAUUAUUUUUAUGCGAUCUCAGUUUCAAGGCACUAUUCGAAUUGACAACCGAUUUGCGCAGCAGUAAUAAUUAUAAUAACAUUGAUUACGUUGAUGACUUCAACGCGAAAGACGAUGAGAAAGCGGUUAAAAUAUAUUUGAGUCAAAUGCAAAAAGGAACGGUGUAUGUUCGGCCAGUUGUAGAAAAGGAAUCAAAAGUUUCUGAAAAUUAUUGGUGUUUUCUCAAACGUCCGACAGUGAUAAAACAAAGUCGCGAAUGGACGGGAAUGGCUGGAAUUGCCGUAUUUUCAGCGUAUUAUGAUGAUAGGCCGAACUCGCUAUUUCCGAAACAUAAUUCGAUUCAAAUUCUGGUGGUCAGCAAUCACACAAUUGAAGGAAAAGUGAAAUUCUAUUGUAAUAUAUUUUUGAAAAACGAGGGAUCUGCAACUGUAAAGGGUUAUGUUAGAGAAAUCUGGCAAAAAGGUUGGGAUCCAAGAAACAGCUACCAAGUUCCGAGUUUGAUAACAUGCCCAAUUCCGAAAAGAAUUCAAACGAAAUUCCCAAUGUACACAGUGUCAUUGACGCGAAAAAAAUGUUUAGAAGGAAAAGUUGCAAUAAAGGUCGAAUCAAAAAAACGAAAUGGAAAAAAGAAAGGAGUGGCUGUUUGUGUGAAAGGACUUGAUUAUCAGGAAGAUAUAUCAGGGCGCUUGUUGGAGUGGAUUGAAUUACAAUACAUACUUGGAGCGGAUACAAUUACGCUGUAUUACUAUUAUUUAAAUAGCAAGUCGUUGAAAGUUUUGAAAUAUUACGAGCAGCAGGGAAAAUUGUCAAUGACACCGCUAAAAUUGCCACCGCCAAACAAUAAUAACCCAAUCGAGAGGAGUAUGUUUUUAAAAAAGAAUCGCCCACAAAAAAGACGACACGAACUUCUGCCAUACAAUGAUUGUUUCUAUAGGCAUAUCUAUACUCAUAAAUAUGUGCUUAUAAUUGAUAUCGAUGAAGUAAUUGUGCCAAUAAGACAUUCAAAUUACGAUCAAUUAUUGGAGGAUGUAGAAAAUCGAGUUAAAAAUAAGAGGAUCAGCUCGAUAUCUGCACGAAAUGUAUUCAAAUUUCGAUCAAAUUUCACAAUUUAUCCGGAUUUUCAUUAUAUGACAAACAAUCGAAAAAGAUCUCGCAAGACCAGCAACGUUGGAGAAUAUGGAAAAAGUUUCUCAAGCACUACAACCGUUGCAACAGUUUUUAAUCAUUUUGCUCUUCACAAGCUACUUCCAAAUGUGUCCGAAUCGAUGUAUUUCGGCAAAUCCGAAGCAAUCAAAUUACACUAUAAAUCCGAGUGUCCAUGGGAGUCUCGCAGAGAAUGUCAUCAAUUGCAGUACGAUACAGUAACUGACACAAGCCUUGACCAUAUUGAGAAUGUACUCAUUGAACGGGUUGAGCAUGCAGUGCGAUUAAUUGGUAUUUAA